AAUUUUAGUAAGGGUGGCAAAUGGGUGGGGAUCAGAAGAGUGAUGUUUCCAUGGUUGGAAAGAAGAACAAGAGGAAUGGUUCUUUUCGGUCCAUUUUCAUGCAUGCCGAUGGCAUAGAUUGGUUUUUCAUGAUUUUGGGUGUUGUUGGGGCCGUUGGUGAUGGCUUAGGCACCCCUCUUGUGUUGUUUAUCACUAGCCACAUUAUGAACAACAUUGGUGAUUUUUCUGGCAGCAUAGGCAGCACUUUCUUGCAUAGCAUCAAUAAGAAUGCCAAGGUCUUGUUAUAUUUGGCUUGUGGGUCCUUUGUGGCUUGUUUCCUUGAGGGUUAUUGUUGGACAAGAACAGGUGAAAGACAAGCCGCAAGAAUGAGAGCAAGGUAUUUAAAAGCAGUGCUAAGACAAGAGGUUGCAUACUUUGAUUUGCAUGUCACAAGCACAUCUGAGGUCAUCACCAGCGUCUCUAAUGACAGCCUCGUAAUUCAAGACGUUCUUAGUGAAAAGGUUCCAAAUUUUCUUAUGAAUGCCUCCAUGUUUGUUGGAAGCUAUAUAGUGGCUUUUGCGUUAUUAUGGAGAUUGGCAAUUGUGGGGUUCCCUUUUGUGGCUCUGCUAGUGAUUCCUGGUUUUAUGUAUGGGAGGACAUUGAUGGGGUUGGCGAGCAAGAUAAGAGAAGAGUAUAAUAAGGCUGGUACAAUAGCAGAACAAGCAAUAUCUUCCAUUAGAACUGUCUAUUCUUUUGUGGGGGAAAGCAAAACUAUAGAUGCUUUCUCUGAUGCUCUACAGGGAUCUGUUGAAUUGGGGUUGAGACAAGGCUUAGCAAAAGGCUUAGCCAUUGGAAGCAAUGGUGUUGUCUUUGCUAUUUGGGCUUUCAUGUCCUAUUACGGUAGCAGAAUGGUCAUGUACCAUGGUGGUAAGGGUGGGACUGUAUUUGCAGUUGGAGCAGCCAUAGCUAUCGGUGGAUUGGCAUUAGGUGCUGGUUUAUCCAACGUUAAGUACUUCUCAGAAGCAAGUACAUCAGGAGAACGAAUAAUGGAAGUAAUAAAAAGGGUUCCUAAGAUUGAUUCUGACAAUAUGGAUGGAGAGAUUCUAGAGAAUGUUUCAGGAGAAGUGGAAUUUGACCAGGUUGAAUUUGUAUACCCAUCAAGGCCAGAUAGUGUUAUUCUAAAUGAUUUUUGUGUUAAGAUUCCAGCAGGGAAAACAGUGGCCUUAGUUGGAGGGAGUGGCUCAGGAAAAUCCACUGUGAUAGCACUUUUGCAAAGAUUUUAUGACCCUAUUGAGGGAGAGAUACGUCUUGAUGGUGUGGCUAUUCAUAAGUUGCAACUCAAAUGGUUGAGAUCUCAAAUGGGUUUGGUGAGUCAAGAACCUGCUUUGUUUGCAACUAGCAUUAAGGAGAAUAUACUUUUUGGAAGAGAAGAUGCCACUGAAGAAGAGGUCAUGGAAGCUGCCAAAGCUUCCAAUGCUCAUAAUUUCAUUUCACAAUUGCCACAAGGUUAUGAUACUCAGGUUGGAGAGAGAGGUGUUCAAAUGUCAGGGGGACAAAAACAAAGAAUUGCUAUAGCACGAGCAAUAAUAAAAAAGCCAAGAAUUCUUUUGUUAGAUGAAGCAACAAGUGCACUAGAUUCUGAAUCUGAAAGAGUUGUGCAAGAAGCUUUAGACAAAGCAACAAUAGGACGCACAACCAUUAUCAUUGCACAUCGAUUAUCCACCAUUAGAAAUGCAAAUGAGAUUGCUGUUAUGCAAAGUGGGAAGAUCAUGGAGAUGGGAUCACACCACGAACUUAUCCAAAAUGAAAAUGGUCUUUACACUUCACUAGUUCGCCUCCAACAAACUGAAAAACCAAAAAAUGAACAACAGGAUACGCUUUCUCACUCUCAUCCUUCAUCUAUAUCAAACAAAGACAAUCACAACACAAGUAGUCGAAGACUAUCUCUUGUAAGUCGAUCUAGCUCAGCUAACUCAAUAGCUCGUGUUUCACUUGGUGGUGAUGAUCUUGCUGACGAUAUUGUAGAAGAUAAAAAGCUACCAGUUCCCUCAUUUCGAAGGUUACUAGCAUUAAACAUUCCUGAGUGGAAGCAAGCAUGUUUAGGGUGUUUUAAUGCAAUCUUGUUUGGUGCAAUUCAGCCUGUGUAUGCAUUUGCAAUGGGGUCAAUGAUAUCUGUUUAUUUUCUCACUGAUCAUGAUGAGAUAAAAAAGAAAACGAGGAUAUAUUCACUUUGUUUCUUAGGGUUGUCUAUAUUCUCAUUGGUUGUUAAUAUCUUCCAACAUUAUAAUUUUGCUUACAUGGGAGAGUACUUAACUAAAAGGGUUAGAGAACGAAUGCUUUCCAAGAUACUCACUUUUGAAGUUGGAUGGUUUGAUCAAGAUGAAAAUUCCACAGGUGCUGUUUGCUCUAGACUUGCAAAGGAAGCCAAUGUGGUAAGGUCUUUAGUGGGAGAUAGAAUGGCUCUAGUGGUGCAAACUAUUUCUGCUGUGGUGAUAGCUUUCACUAUGGGCCUAAUCAUUGCAUGGAGGCUUGCCAUUGUUAUGAUAGCUGUUCAACCCAUUAUCAUAGCCUGCUUCUACACAAGACGUGUUCUUCUUAAAAGCAUGUCUAGUAAGGCCAUUAAGGCCCAAGAUGAAAGUAGCAAGAUAGCUGCUGAAGCUGUUUCGAACCUUCGAACAAUAACUGCCUUUUCCUCCCAAGAUAGGAUCCUCAAAAUGCUUGAAAAGGCCCAAGAAGGCCCAAGUCAUGAAAGCAUUCGACAAUCAUGGUUUGCAGGCGUUGGGCUUGCAUGUUCCCAAAGCCUCACAUUUUGCACCUGGGCAUUGGACUUUUGGUACGGUGGAAAGCUUGUUUUUCACGGGUACAUCAGUGGAAAAGCAUUAUUUGAGACUUUUAUGAUCUUAGUAAGCACAGGUAGGGUUAUUGCAGAUGCUGGUAGCAUGACUAAUGACCUUGCCAAAGGAGCUGAUGCUGUGGGCUCAGUUUUUGCAAUCCUAGAUAGGUACACAAAAAUUGAGCCUGAUGAUAUUGAUGGGUACAAGCCCAAAAAAUUAAUAGGAAAGAUAGAACUUCAUGAUGUCCAUUUUGCAUACCCUGCUAGACCUGAUGUAAUGAUUUUCCAAGGAUUCUCAAUCAAAAUUGAUGCAGGCAAAUCGACAGCAUUGGUAGGACAAAGUGGUUCAGGCAAAUCAACAAUCAUUGGCUUAAUAGAGAGAUUCUAUGACCCACUAAAAGGGAUUGUGACCAUAGAUGGUAGAGACAUAAAAUCAUAUAAUCUUAGGUCACUAAGGAAGCACAUUGCUCUUGUAAGUCAAGAACCAACAUUGUUUAGUGGGACCAUAAGGGAAAAUAUUGCCUAUGGAGCAUCUAAUAAGAUUGAUGAAGCUGAGAUCAUAGAAGCAUCAAGGGCAGCCAAUGCUCAUGAUUUCAUUGCAAGCCUAAAGGAUGGUUAUGACACACAAUGUGGAGAUAGAGGAGUACAACUCUCUGGAGGUCAAAAGCAAAGAAUUGCAAUAGCUAGAGCCAUAUUGAAGAACCCAGAGGUGUUACUGCUUGAUGAAGCCACUAGUGCCCUUGAUAGCCAAUCAGAGAAAUUGGUGCAAGAUGCUUUAGAAAGGGUCAUGGUGGGGAGGACCAGUGUAGUGGUAGCUCAUAGGUUGAGCACAAUACAAAAUUGUGAUCUAAUUGCUGUGUUAGACAAGGGAAAGGUGGUGGAAAAAGGGACUCACUCAUCUUUAUUGGCAGAAGGACCAAGUGGAGCUUAUUACUCUUUGGUCAGUCUUCAAAGAAGACCAACCAAUAUGAUUAGUAAUUCUACACAAGAAAUUAGCUAACCGCACCAAGUUGCCACAUCUAUUUGAGAUAACCAUAAAACCUCUUUUUUGGGUUUGAGGGAAGAUAACCAAAGAAGAAUGAUAAGGCUAUCAUGGUAAUCAG